UCGAUCCCAAUUUCCAUUUUCACAUUAGUAGUAGGGUUUAUCACUCCACCAUAAAAUCCCCAAAUCAAAUUCAAUUUCCCCCAAAACUGUCAGCUUCAAAGCUAAAACCCUAGAGUGAUGAUUCUUUCUCUCUAUCUCUCUUGGGUUUUAUCACAAUUGAAUUCAAUCCCGCUCUAAAAAAAUUCUAUUCAAAUUUGCCCAAUUCGAAGACGGCCCUGAAAGUUAUAUCAAUUGUAAGUGCUCGUAACUCAGUCGCACGCUGAUGCGUUGAUUUAAGCUCACGUAUAGAUAGAUAUAGCCACAUUCUGGUUUCCUCCUUCAAUGUUAUUCCAGCUUGUGUCUAGGGUUUUUCUUGAUUUCUUUUUCUUGGAAACGAGUUCCUGAAUUUCUCGUUAUUGGUGGGUUGGAUUAUCUAAGUUCUGAGUGUUUAUUGAGGGUUUUGAAGAUUAAGAACCCCCUAAAUGAUUCUUGAAUCUGAACAUGAGCGAUGGAGGUGAAGCUGAAGGCAAGCGAGACGAACACAGUGAUUCAAUUAUGCGAUUUGGUGCUGGUGAAUAUAGUCGAGCAAUAGCAAGGGUUGCGAUGGCUCAGAUAUGCGAGGGCAUUGGGUUUGAGGGAUUCAACGAGUCUGCUCUUGAUUCGCUUGCUGACAUUGCGAUUAGGUACGUCUGUGAAUUAGGUAAAACUUCGAGAUUGUAUGCGAAUUUAGCUGGUAGGACGGGUUGCAACAUCUUUGAUAUCGUUCAAGGGUUGGAAGAGAUGGGUGCACCCCAAGGAUUUACUGGUGCUUCAGAGGUUCAUUCUGACUGUGUAGUGAGUUCAGGUGCUGUUAGAGAGAUUAAAGAGUAUUUUGAGACGGCUGAUGAGGUACCAUUUGGUCAACCAGUGCCACAUUUUCCUGUUAUCAGUGAACGGAGAAUGAUACCCAGUUUCUUGCAAAUGGGGGAGACUCCAGCUUUUAAGUGUGUGCCUCCAUGGCUGCCUGCAUUUCCAGACCCCCACACGUAUUUACAGACACCUGUUUGGAAUGAGAGACUAUCUGACGCCCGUACUGAUAAGAUUGAGCUAGUGAGGCAGCAUAGGAAGGCAGAAAGGUCUUUGUUAAGCCUACAGCAGCGGCUUAUAUGUAAUGGAUCAUCAGUGGCUACAACAUCUGAUGAACCAUAUAAUGAAGAAAAUAAAUCAGAAGUUAAUAACAACAGGAACCCGAUUUUUGAGAAUCCUUUGGAUGCUGGGGAAAGAGCCAUGUCAAAGAUUAGCAUUCCCCCAAAACUUUCUAGUCAAGCUCACACAGAAAAAAAAGUUUCUUUGUUGGAGACAUUUGCUCCGGCCAUCGAGGCAAUGAAGGAUGGGCUUGAUUCUGGAAGUGAUGGUGAGAAUACAAUUCCAGAAAAGAAGGCUCCUGUAUUUUUAGAGCUCAAGGGGGGUAAGAAAUUAUUCGGUGAACCAUAUGAUUUGAGGAUUCGGAACAAGGCUGUGGGAAGAGCAGCUUUGUGGUUUGGUCAUAAUGGCGAGAAGGAUGAAAAAAAGAGGAGGGUUGAGUUUAUACUGCGGCAAUCCUUGGAAAACCAGCACGAGCUUCCUCAGUUGUAAAUUUGUAGUUCCUUGAAUGACAUUGAUUGGCUAAUGUUCAAGAAAAUAGCAGUUGAUUAGGUAAAGUUAAUACACACUUUUGUUCAAAUCCAAAUUCUCUUUCUGCCGCUUCCAGCAACCUGACAAAAGGAGGAUAUGAAAGCAAGCGCAACCCCACCAGGAACUUCUUCGACUCACCAUUGCCACAAGUCACGACUGAGAAAUGACCGCUCUUGGUGCCGCAACUAGUCAUCCAAGACCUAAUUUCCCCACUGAUGAGAUGCAUUGGUGCUGCAGACGUAUCUAAGAAAUGGUUGGCUACAGAUAAAACAGAAAUGGUUGGCUACAGAUAAAACAAUCACGAGGGCCCUAUUGGUGGGGGCUGAAAGGAACGGGAUGAGGAGGAGGAGACAGCCAUGUCGUUGUGGUGCUCUCAAGAGAAUGUUCGUGGACUUCCUUCGACAUGAAGCAUUUAAGAAGUGAAGGAACACUGACUUUGAACUAUAAGCCAAAAGGAUGCAUGAAUGUUAGCAUGAGUGAUGUCUCAAUUGCGUUUAUGGCAAUGGCUAACUGCCAACCUGGCCCUCUUUAUGACGAGUUAUGGCACCUUUCCAUUUUUUAUUUUAAUUUUAAUUUUAAUUUUUUGCUUU